AUGGUCAAUUCGGUUCUCGAAUCACACCAAGCCCUUUCCAUCAAACAGUUCACAAUUUCGAUUUACGCAAGCAAAUCAGCACAUAGCACGAUCACCAAAUGGCUCAAAUUCGCGCAGUCGAGACGAGUUGAGCGAUUGGAUUUAAACUUCAACUCUAUGACUGGGAGCGAAAGGCGUGCGGUUGUGUUAGCCGAUUUGGUGCGAGAGAUGAGGCCUAUGAAAUAUCUCAAGGCUCUGUCUCUCGCGGCUAUGAAAGUGAGUGGUCAAGACAUCUCAUAUUUCCUCCAAAAUUGUCCCUUGUUGAGGGAACUCAAUAUCACAGAAUCCUCUUUCACGUCUGAUGUUCAUGUCUCCGGUGAUUUGGAGAUUCUUCGGAUACGUGGAUGCACCUUUAGGAAAUUCGUCAUCGAAAUUUCAGCUCCACAUCUUAAUGAAGUUGUUUCCCAUCAUGCAAAACCAGGCGCCCUACUGUUCAAGAAUGUUCCAAGACUUGCCAUAGCAAGUCUUGGAAUUGGAAGUCUUAGAUAUAAUGUGCCCAAUUUUGCUUCAACAAUGCCUUUAAGGGAAGGGCUUCCUUAUAUGCCUAGUCUAAAGGAGUUGCAUGUUUUAGUUACGCGUCAUCAUGCGCACCACUGUCUUAUGCCUGUAACAUCUAUAAUAUCGGCAUGUCCUCGUCUUCAGAUGUUCACGUUCGAGUAUCAUAAUUACUCCUGUAGAGCUGUUAGAGUUGUUGAUCUCAACCAAGGAUCUGUUAGAGUUGUUGAUCCACCAAGAUUGAGAGUUCUGUACAUGAACAAUUGCACCGAGUUCCAAAUUCUGGAGAUUUCUCGUGCAAGUCUAGUCUCAUUGAGUGAAGUCGUGGAGAUGUUUCUUGAUUAA